GAGAGAGAGUGAAGGAAGGAGAAAGGAGGAGCAACGAAAGAGGAUAGUGAAAAGGUGUUCUUUAUUUUCCUGUAACUAUGCAGAGGUACAGGCUACUACCGGACGCCAUGACGACGGUGUUUAGGACAGCUGUUCUAGCAGCUGUCCUGGGACAACUUAUAGGUCCCAGCGCGGCCAGCAGGCCCGCCGGCGCCCAUCCCGGACACGCUUAUUUCGAGCAACCAUGCUGCGGACGCUCUCAUCUCAGGCAUCACAAAGACCACGUGCGGGAAUUCAGCUGUGGCAUGCUGUACUACAGAACGCUCUACCUGGACAGUAAGAGGGACGCCCUAUACGUCGGAGCUAUGGACAAGAUCUUCAGGCUAAAUCUGAGUAACAUCAGUCAUUCCAACUGUGAGAGAGAUGUUUUGAAUUUGGAACCCAGCAACGUGGCAAAUUGCGUGUCGAAGGGCAAAUCGGAGCAUUUCGACUGCCGAAAUCAUAUAAGAGUAAUACAGCCGAUGGGAGAUGGCAAUCGACUUUAUAUGUGCGGUACGAAUGCGCACUCGCCCAAGGAUUGGGUGAUUUAUAGCAAUCUGACUCACUUACCGCGUCACGAGUUUGUCCCCGGGGUGGGAAUGGGCAUCGCGAAGUGCCCUUAUGACCCUGCGGACAAUUCGACGGCGGUCUGGGUCGAGAAGGGCAAUCCCGGAGACUUGCCAGCUCUUUAUUCCGGCACGAACGCCGAGUUCACCAAAGCCGAUACCGUAAUCUUUCGUACGGAUCUCUACAAUCUGACUACCGGUCGCAAGGCGUUCAAUUUCAAGAGGACACUUAAGUACGAUUCCAAGUGGCUCGACAAGCCGAAUUUUGUGGGCUCGUACGACAUCGGCAGCCACGUGUUCUUCUUUUUCCGCGAAACCGCGGUCGAGUACAUAAACUGCGGUAAAAGUGUGUACUCCCGCGUAGCGAGAGUUUGCAAGAGGGACACCGGCGGUAAAAAUAUACUUUCACAGAAUUGGGCUACAUACCUCAAGGCCAGAUUGAAUUGCUCGAUACCUGGCGAGUUCCCGUUUUAUUUCAACGAGAUACAGAGCAUUUACAAAGUACCGGGUGACGACACGCAUUUCUAUGGUACCUUUACCACAUCGACGAACGGGCUAAUGGGCUCCGCGAUAUGUUCCUUCCACAUUGACGCCAUCCAAGAGGCUUUCCGCGGAAAGUUCAAAGAGCAAGCGACUAGUAGUAGCGCGUGGCUACCAGUCUUGUCUAACAAAGUUCCGGAACCACGUCCAGGCCAAUGCGUUAAUGACACAGAGUCGUUGCCGGACACUGUUCUGAAUUUCAUAAGAUCCCAUCCUCUGAUGGAUUCCGCGAUUUCGCACGAGAACGAGAAGCCAGUCUUCUACAAGCGGGACGUCAUGCUUACGCGACUGGUCGUCGAUAAGCUGCGAAUUGACUUUGUGGGCAUCGAUUUGGAUUAUACAGUCUACUACGCCGGUUCCAGCGAUGGCCGCGUUCACAAGGUUGUACAGUGGAUCGACAAUAACGGCGAAUCCCAGUCAAUUCUGCUGGAUGUCUUCGAUGUCACGCCGGGCGAACCGAUACAGGCGAUGGAGAUCUCGAAGGAGCAUAAGGCUCUUUAUGUGGCGUCGGAUCAUCGGAUAAAGCAAAUCGAUCUGGUAAUGUGCACUCGACGAUACGACAACUGCCUGCGAUGCGUCCACGAUCCAUACUGCGGAUGGGAUAAGGACACGAAUAUAUGUAAACCCUACGAGCCAGGCCUUCUUCAGGACGUGUCGAACAGUACGGCGGAUGUUUGCGACAGCAGCGUCGGUAAACGGAAACUGGUUGUCACGUGGGGUCAGUCGGUGCAUCUAGGAUGCUUCGUAAAGAUGCCGGAGGUGUUGGCGAACCAGGAGGUGCGGUGGUACCAUUAUAGCAAGGAGAAGGGAAGGUAUCAGAUCGCGUACAAGUACGGUGCUGGCGGCGACAAAUUCAUCGAGACCUCGGAGAAGGGUCUGGUGAUCGUCGGCGUGAACGAGCAAGACGCCGGUAGAUACGACUGCUGGCUCGGCGGUGCUCUUCUGUGCUCGUACAACAUUACCGUGGACGCGCACAGAUGUUCAGCACCCGCCAAGUCCAACGACUACCAGAAGAUUUAUUCGGACUGGUGUCACGAGUUCGAGAAGUACAAGUCGGCGAUGAAGAGCUGGGAGCGAAAGCAAGCGCAAUGCGCCUCGAGGCAGAACGAUAGCAAUCAGAAUCUACACACGAACGAGGUGUACGGCACGCCUCUCGUCUGAUGGAGCCGAUCUUUGGGUCCCUCGUCGAGCCGAGAUCACGAUGACACGAUGAUACGCAUAAGCGUCCCGCCGAGGAAUCGCGGUUGGACUACGACUGGUUGGAUCGGUCUGGCCUUCCUGUUGGCCGGUCACGCCACCGUGCUCGGCCCAUUGGUCACUCGAGGACUCUCAAGUGACUGAGAUCAUGAAUCCAUGAUCCACGAACUGUCGAACUGAAAAUCCAAAGGUGUGGAAAACGCACACGCGUAAUCGAUCGUGCAUACCGCUAUCCACGUGCCACUGUGCCCGAGAGCUUCUCGGCGCUGCUGAUCGCGAGUGGCCAUCGAGUUUAUUGGCGGUCGGUGACCCGCGAGAUAUUCCAGUUCCGUUCUCGUCGCGCACCCGACUUUCCGUUAUGUAUAUUUCGUACUCGCUUCGCUGUAAAUAGACGUGUCGCACGCGAGCCGCGAAAGUGAAACCGGACGCUGCGGAACCUUGAACGCGGAACAGCGGGACGAUCCUCGGCUCGUAAAUUCCGAUAUGCGCAACUGGACUGGAAGUGAUGUUCCUCGGGGUGAACGGACGAUACCUCUUGUGCCGAAGAAUCGUGACUAAAGUUGCGAUUUUUCAUAUCUAAAUCGGUCGGCGCUAAAAACUGUAUGGAGAAACACCCUUUCCUUGAACCUUUUUAAUUAAUUUACCGUAUCGAGAGGAUUUAUGUGUACAUACGAUAUCGAAGCCUCAUUUACGGAAGACGACGCAACGUUAAUCACGAUAUCAUCGUGAUUGAGAUAUCGACCAUCAACAGGACAUCGAGAUUAAACGUUACGUCGAAGGAAGAAAGCAUGUUCUCCUGCAAUAUUUUUCGCAUCUACAACAGGAGGCGACCGACGAGCGAAAUCGAGGUGUAAUUUCCCGACAACAGAGAUGAGAGCAUCACUUGAAGGAUAGUCGUCAUAGCAAAUGGCCUGCACUCGUGAGGCUGAGAGGAAACGGCGGCGUCGGUCGAGGAAAGAAAGGUAAAAUGUCGCGUCGCGGAAGGAAAAAA